AUGUUCGUACUCCCUAAAAGAAACUCCGUGCCCGCGGGCCGCAUGCCCGAUGCCUCCCCAUCUCUCCCGCCUUCAGCCCGGAGCAACCCGACCCGUCCUUUCCAGCCUCAGCGCCCAGCACGGGCCGGGCCGGGCGGUGAACGAGUGAAGUAUCUAAAGGAGUUUAGGACAGAGCAGUGCUCCCUGUUUGUGCAGCACAAGUGCACCCAGCACAGGCCAUUUACCUGUUUCCAUUGGCAUUUCCUAAAUCAGCGUCGGCGCAGACCGCUCCGCAGGCGCGACGGCACCUUCAACUACAGCCCAGACGUGUACUGCUCCAAGUACGACGAGGCCAGUGGCGUGUGCCCCGACGGCGACGAGUGUCCGUACCUGCAUCGGACAACUGGAGACACAGAGCGCAAGUACCACCUGCGCUACUACAAGACAGGCACGUGCAUCCACGAGACCGACGCCCGGGGCCACUGCGUGAAGAACGGGCUGCACUGCGCCUUCGCGCACGGCCCCCUGGACCUGCGGCCCCCCGUGUGUGACAUCAGACACCAACUUCGUGCUGGGCAGCUACAAGACCGAGCAGUGCCCGAAACCACCCCGCCUCUGUCGCCAGGGCUACGCGUGUCCCCACUACCACAACAGCAGGGACAGACGGCGGAACCCCAGGAGGUUCCAGUAUAGGUCCACUCCGUGCCCCAGCGUGAAGCACGGCGAUGAGUGGGGUGAGCCCUCAAGGUGUGACAGUGGGGACAGCUGUCAGU